ACAUCUUUCAGCAUUACUCUAGUACAUAAACACCGACAUCUUCAAUUUUCUAGCAAAGCGAUUGCACUUCUUGGUGUUCGUUUCCAUCAAGUCACUUCAAGCAGCAUGGUCAUGAACGAAUCGAUCGAGAUUCUGGGCCAACAGCCUGGUCUGAAGAUCUACACCCAGAUAGCGGUCUGCUUUUCCGUUAAGGAUGAUCAGUCAUACGCAAACAUCACCAAGACUCUGUCAAGCGGUCUCGAGCGGCUUACUGCGAGUUUUCCAUGGGUUGCAGGACAGAUUAUUAAUGAGGGCGCGAGCGAAGGUAACACAGGCAUCUUCAAGAUCGUUCCACAUGAAGCAACCCCGCCCUUGAUCAUCAAAGAUUUGAGAAAGGACCCGGCAGUAUCGUCGAUGAACAACAUGAAAGCUUCACAGUUCCCCUUCAGCAUGCUGGACGAAAGCGUCAUCUGUCCUCGCCCGACUCUUCCUAUCGACCCAAAGCUGGUAGGCAAGCCUGAGCCAGUCCUCAUUACCCAGGCCACCUUCAUCAAAGGCGGGCUCAUUCUCGCUUUCCUCGGCCACCAUCAGGUACUUGAUGGCACCGGGCAAGGACAGCUCAUCAAACUCUUGUCCAAGGCGUGCAAGGGCGAGGAAUUCACCGAGGAGGAAGUAGCAACCGGAAACCUGACACGCCAUAACAUCAUUCCCCUCCUCGAAGACUACAAGGGCGGACCCGAGACUGAUGCGAUGAUCAACAAGCCCUCGGCAACGCCAGCAGCGACACCUGCCACAUGCAGCUGGGCCUACUUUGACUUUUCGUCAGCGUCUCUGUCAGCCUUGAAAUCCUUGUCAUCAGAGACAAUCAAGUCAGGGUACAUCACAACGGACGAUGCCGUCACCGCCUUCGUCUGGCAGUCAAUCAGUCGCAUUCGUGCGAACCGCCUACCUCACGAAGCGGAAACUAAGCUUGCUCGAGCUAUCAAUGUGCGAGGAUAUAUGGGCAUCCCUCAAACCUUCCCGGGGCUCAUCCAGAGCAUGACGAAUAACUCUAUGGCAAUCAAGGACCUCGUCGAAAGGCCCUUAGGGGAAGCGGCAUCUCAACUCCGAUCAACUGUAGAUCCUACAGCCUUGAGCUAUGGAGUACGAGCUUUGGCGACACUCAUAAACCAAGCGGCCGAUAAGGGUGCAUUCUCAUUCACCGGGACCCUUCGUCUCGAUAGAGACUUGGCCUUUAGCUCCUGGGCGAAACUCAAUCUGUAUGAGCACGAUUUCGGAUUGGGACAGGGCAGGCCUGAGUCGGUCCGGAGACCGCAAUUCACACCCGUGGAGAGUCUUGGGUACCUGCUUCCCAAGGCACCAGAUGGGAGCAUCGCACUUGCAAUAUGUCUAAGGGAAGAGGACAUGGAAGGGUUGAAGAAAGAUGAAUUAUGGUUGAAGUAUUCCAAGUACAUAGGAGAGUAA